AUGGUGAGCUUGAGCGGCGUUGUUGCCAUCGCCGCUUCAGGCGCGGCUAUCUUCGUCGUCUUCGCAGUCGUUUCGAUUGUCGUCUGGGUUCGCGUUCGAAAGGAGCGUCAUGCGUUGAGAGUCCUGGGUCUUAAAGAAGGGGAGUUCUCCCGUAGUCUUCAGACCUUCACGGGGAAUACAUUGACAUCACUCUCCCACGAGGAGGGGACGGCACUCCGAGCACACGGCCAAUUACCCUAUGGCAAACCGACGGAAUGGGGUCAGCUCGCAUCUCGAGAGACUCUUCUUCGGCCCAAGAAUAACUCGGACUCGUCGUUUCCACUGGCCGACAAAGCCCGAUCGCUACGAAAUUCCCUCAGGCGAUCCAGAUCCAAACGCCUUUCGAGAUCCUCUCACAAGCGUCUGAGUUCAAUGGCUACAGUGAGCGAGAUCCACAUGCCUGGUCCUCAUCAUCCCUCGAUAUCCAGAGAAGAUGUUCCACUUUCGGCUAUCGAGGGAGUCCUAGAGUUGGCUGCAGAGCGAACUCCCAAUCAAACACCUGAGAUGAACAAAGGGGAGGAAGAAGGUUUCAUCCUCGGCAUGCGCCCUGUGUCUCCCGGAUGGCCAUUACCCAUCCAGAAGGAUCGAUCUACCUUGUUUCCCAUGUUGGAAAACCGCAACUCGCAAGAUAUGUUCGAUCCAUCUCCACGAAUCUACGAAGAGUCUCCACAACGGCUCCGAGGAGGAAGCAUCACGAGCCAAAAAGCUGGCGCUAUUCCCGACGAUAUUCCUCCUCCUCCCCCGCCAGCUGCCUGGCCACCGGACCGACUCAGCUAUGCGAGAAAUGACUCCGUGAUGAGGUUAUCUUCCAUGAGUUUGGAUACCUGUAACAGCUCCAUUUUGGAUGAUGGCAGAUUUGGUUUCAGAUCCGCUGAUACUGAACUCACCUCGCCCAUCUUCCCGUCCGGUGGAACCUUCGUUCCGUUUAGUGCAAAUGACGUUGGAAUAAAGAAUGGACGCAGGAGCUUUAUCGCCGCAAACACCGGCCAGGGCAUGCCGCCGUUGCACAAUUUCCCCAUUCGCUCGUCUUCGACGGCAGAGACUCGUCGAAGAUCGUCAAUGGAGCCCAUGGAGCCUCGCAGGAGCAUGACGACGGCUUCUCGGAAUCCUAGCAAUGGAAGUGAUCGAUUUGGUAGACCUCCCCACCGGAGCGAUUCAGUCUCAUCUAAUAAUAUACCCACGAGACAUUCAUCUUUCCGCAGUGGAACGCCAAUAUCUAUGGGAAGUUUCCACAACCUCAACAAUCCCAACUGGCGAUCACCUCCAUCUCAGCCAUCCCCGAUGGCUUAUGUACCUCAUUUCAGCCAGUUUCAACGAUCAAAUCUCUAUGAUGAGCAGCGUGAGAAUGACCCGUUUUACGGUGGCUCGCCGCAUUCAAAUGGUACCCUGUUCUCCAUGGGAUCACCCGGAACAGCAACAGGCUCUAUGCCCCCUAGCCCCGUGCAAAGAUCGAGUUUAUCUCAACGAGGGGCCUUGCCAUCUGCCUUGAAGGGCAGCAACUCACAACGCAAGGGCAAGGGCCAUCGACGACAAAACUGUGUUCGUAUCUCGAUCCAUCCACCCAUGACUUUUGGUGGACCAACAUUUUCUCCCACGCUUGAAGAAGAGCCGGAAGAUCUUGAUGCGAUGGAAGAAGUUGACCUGCGCGAGAGUGCCAUCAAUGGGCCUUCCAAGCCCCCACCAGUUUUGUCAACCAACAUCUCCCCCAUGCCAAUAUCUAAACGCGGUAGCCGGCGAACCAAGCCGGCUGCUAGCACCCUUGGUCCUCUUGCUGAAGAGCCACAGUCUCUGCAGAAUAUUACUCCAUCCAAGAAGAAGAACCAUGCCCCCAAUAGCAAAGAAGUUGGGUCUGCCCCACUCGAUAAGACUCAUGGCUUACCCGAGCUGUUCACUGCCCUGCCAUCAUCCGCUGGGCUGAACCUGUCUCAUACGCCCUCGCCUGAUCGAAGCACAGCGGUCUGGUCAAUACCCGAAGUACCUUCACCACCAUACGAAGAUUCCCCUGGAACUGGAAGUCCAAGACGAACCGCAGUCAAAGGUCCACGCAGUCAACCGGGUAAACCAUCUCGCCGCAACUCAGCGCACAUCCAGCCGAAGCCAGUGAAGCCACUCAUGGGAUUCGGCUCGCCUACUGGUCUUCCUCUCAUCACAGGAACUCAAGGAAGCGACUGGCGCAAGUCAACCGAUUCGCUAUUCCGAACAAACACCGACGCUGCCGAUGGCUCACCCCGACGGUCACACGAUCUCCAAGGCUCUAUGCCGGACGGAUUCGACGAAGUUACCAGCUCUUCGUCACCGGCUCGUACAAAGAGGGGAAGAAGUAAUACUGUACGAGACCGUGUCACGAUCUGGGAAGAUGCCAAUCAGACCUCACCAUCGCAGAAAAACAGUCACGGCAACAUCCCCCGAUCCAUGUCUCGGGGCGAGAAUUCUCCUCUGCGGAAUGGAAGCCAGCGUAUGCCGCCGACGCCUACCUCUACUCGACGUGGCCUGACAACGCCUACCGGUAAGGCUCUUGGGUUGGGGAUUGGAGGGACUCCAGCCAGCUUGUAUGAUGGUGAUGGAUUCUUCAGAGAGUGA